AAUGCUGAGCUGGAGGCCCGAAAUGUUGAGACGAGGUAUAUAUGAACUAGACAAACCUGUACUUGGUCCCUUGGUGGCCCACCCAACGAGCAGCCAUGGUACGAAGUAAAGUACUUCUGAAAGACGUCAAGACUGUGCUCUUUCAUGCCGGAGCUCAGACAGUGGCCCGGCGAACAGAGCCUCUACCGCAGCUCACAUGCAUCGGUAAAGCAUGUAAAGUGUUCCAGCCGGAGAUCGUACAGUGCACCAAUAUGGGUGAGGAUGACACGGGGAGCACGCAAUGGAGGUGCGAUGCUGACAUGCCGAAUGGAUUUCGGUUUGGCAAAAUAGAAGUGUCUUGUGAGGGAUGGUCAAAGCCAGGAGAUAGAUUUAUCACCCCGGGUUCUUGUGCGCUCGAGUACAACCUGUAUCAAUCGAAUCCUGGCUUGUACGAUUCGUCACCUUCUGUACCGUCCUCGACAGAGCGCAUAAUCGACAAGCUCUUCAAGGUCCUCUUUUAUGCCGUCACCUUUGUUCUCCUAUACACCCUUUUCCGAUCCAUAUUCAAUCGAUUCUUCCCCCGUCACUCACUUCCUAGCCUCUCGUCAUUCUUCCCUCCGAGCGACGGUCCCGGGCACGGGCACGGACAUCAUCAUCAUGGCUGGGGUUCAGGUGGACCAGGACCAGGUUUCAACCCUGGUCCUUCGGGCGGCGGUCCACCACCUCCUCCGUAUACCAAGGAUCCAGAGGCAUCUCGAGGAGGAGGUAUGGGAUUAUGGACAGGACUCGCAGCUGGUGGUCUGGCGGGGUACCUCGCUGGACGAAGUACGGGUGCUCAGGCACCACGGCCUCCAGCUCAGGUCAGACAGCGACCGAGACGGUCAUUAUGGGAGGAGGAUGAAGAUAGGGGAGUGGGACCGAGUCAGCCUAGAGAGAUGCGCCGCGCUACUGGGUUUGGAGGUACCAAUGUGCGGUGACGGGAUUGCUCAGAUGCAGUAUACUUUGUACACGUACUAUGCA